UAAGCAAAACCCAACCCUUGGACUCUCUAUAAAUCAUCCGUAUGAACCCCUCUCACCUUCUUCAGCAGUUGUUGGUUACUGAUUAAAAAAAUAUCCAAUCUUUCUCUGCUGAUUACUAAAAUGGCCCUUCUUCCUCUCUACUUCUUCUUUCUUUUCCUUUCCGUUUCGAGUGGGGAGUUCUCAAGUCAAGUGGGAGUAAACUACGGUCAGCUGGGGAACAAUCUGCCGUCUCCGAAACAAUCGGUUAAGCUAAUCCAAUCUCUGGGAGCCAAACGCGUCAAAAUCUACGAUGCAAAUCACGACAUCCUUAAUGCUCUCAAAGGUACAAACCUUCAAGUCUGCAUCAUGGUCCCCAACGAGAUCAUAAACAACAUCUCCACCAGUCAAAAGCUAGCUGAUUCCUGGGUCGAAACCAACGUCGUCCCUUUUUACUCCACAACCAAAAUCCGAUACCUCCUUGUCGGCAAUGAAGUCAUCAGCGGUUCCCCUAAAGAUAUCUGGCCUAACAUCGUGCCGGCCAUGCGUAAAAUAAAGAAAUCGUUAAAAACCCAUGGCCUCGACAAAAUCAAAGUCAGUACCUCGAUGGCAAUGGAUGUCUUGGAAUCGUCGUUUCCGCCUUCCAACGGCACUUUCCGAUCCGACAUCGCCGAUUCGAUUGUUAGACCGCUGUUACAGUUUUUACACCGGACCAAAUCUUUCUACUUCCUUGAUGUUUACCCUUAUUUCGCUUGGGUCAUGGACCCCAAAAACAUUAACCUCGAGUACGCACUCUUCGAGUCCCGAACUAUCAAAUACACCGACCCGCUUUCUAAUUUAACCUACACUAAUUUGUUCGACCAAAUGGUUGACUCGGUUGUUUUCGCAAUGAAAAGACUCGGGUACCCGGAUAUUAGGAUCUGGAUUGCGGAAACAGGUUGGCCAAAUGCCGGCGAUAUCGAUCAAAUCGGAGCCAACAUUUACAAUGCCGCUACUUACAACCGAAAUGUUGUGAAAAAGCUAACAGCUAAACCCCCGAUCGGCACGCCGGCACGACCCGGAUGGGUUAUCCCCUCUCUAAUAUUUGCUCUGUAUAAUGAGAACCAGAAACCGGGUCCGGGAACUGAGCGGCAUUUCGGGUUGUUGUAUCCUAACGGGACAAAGAUAUACGGGAUCGAUUUGAGUGGGAAGACUCCGGAUUCGUGUUUCGAGCCGUUGCCGAAGCCAGAUAAUAACGAGCCGUAUAAGGGGAAGAUUUGGUGCGUGGCGGCUAAAGGAGUUAACGAGACUGCGCUGAGUUCAGCAUUGUCGUACGCGUGUUCGCAGGGGAAUAAGACUUGUGACCCGAUUCAACCCGGAAAGAAAUGCUUCAAACCGGAUUCAUUGUUUUGGCACGCGAGCUACGCGUUUAGUUCUUAUUGGUCGCAAUCCAGGAAGACUGGCGCCACCUGUUAUUUUAACGGCUUGGCUACCCAGACGGCUAAAGAUCCAAGUUUUGGUCACUGUAAGUUUCCAAGCGUGACUCUUUGAUGGAUACCCAAUCACGAAUCGAAUAGGAUUUUAUUCAUUUGUAGCAAGAGAGACUUAAAAAUUAUUCCAGAGUUAAUAAAAAAUUUUAAAAUUUGUCAUAAUGUUCUAUUAAUAUUGAAGUUAAAAUUUUUGUAAUAUUAAUAGAACUUAUCUUUUAACUCAUAUAACGGAUGUUUAUGAUUCCUUCAAA